AUGAUGACGCAAAUGUCUGUGUAUACAAAACCAACUGUUGAAUUAACAUCGUCACAGUCGAAUGAAAACAUACUGAUAAGUUAUUAUUCUGUGUGGUCUGCGUUGUGGAAAAACGUGACUGAUGAAUAUCUUGAAUAUAGUGAUAAAAUAAAACUACGAAAAGUUUCAUUGGAUUCUGAUAGUAGAUCAAGUCAACGUUCAUCUGUUAGAGAAAACGAUAAAGUGUUGGAUGAAAUUUGUAAACAACAGCAAAAUUUGAGAAAAACAAAGUAUACUGCUUCGAGUACACUAGCCGCCGUACCAACACUACAUGAUCGUUUAAUGGCUGAUAUUAAACGGAAUCAUAUAUUGCGACCAGUUGAUGUUAAUCAACCACUUGCUGCUCUUCCAUCAAAAAAAAAAUUACAGCGAAAACGUAUCCGACCGGUUGAUAGCCAAAUGACUGAUUCGGAUGAUAGUGAAGAAGAGAGACGUGAUAUUUAUGGACGAAAACGCGUGGCUGUUGUCGAUUGUUUAUUAGAAUCAUCUGAUGAAGAAGUUAAACCAAAACCAAAAGUCGUGACUGGAUCAAAGAGUGAACGAAAUGUAAGUCAAUAUGAUGAUGAUGACGACGAUGAUUACGUUGACCUGGCCGAGUCAUUAGCAACUCUUGAAGUAGAAUAUGACACAGAAUGGUCUGCAUCAGUUGGACAGACAAAAGAGAAGGGGCUUGGUACUGCUCGUAAAAAAAUAUCGAAUCGAAAAUCUUUCACAUAUUCUACAAUACAAAGUUUUGAACUUGGCCAUAUAACAAUGGACGAGAUUAUUCGGGUAGGCAUGUCGCUGUUUAAUUGGUUGUUAAACUGCUUCUUGUCUAGUAUUUAUGUGGUUAUCGUAUUUUAGCGUAUCAUGUGCUUUUAUUACUAAAUGGUAGGUUACACACCAUAUGGAUGCUGCAUUGCACUACAAAGCUUCAGUUACGCUUUUGCAUUUGCGUAUUGCAUGAAAAAUCUAUCUCGAUCUCUAUCAAACCAAUGAAGUAAAAUCCCGAACAUAACACUUUUUAAGAACACUCUUUCCGCUAGACUUGUCAGAAACAUCACAAGAGUAACGAGAAAGUAGCAGACUGGCUAAAAAACUGACGAAGUUUAUCUCUCAUCGUGCACUCAACAUUUGUUUCACGAAUGAAUCGAUCAGUGAGAUACUUUCAUUCCGACAUUCUGUAUUUUUUUAAUUCUGCUUUUUAAACUUGAAAUAUUUCACUGAGUAAAGUGAUCAAUUCUUUUCCGAGCCGAUACUGAAUGUAGCUCAAGAAAAGUGAGCAGAGUGGCAUGAUGCAAGGUAGAUGAGAUUUGAAUGUCUUUUUCAGAAAAGUGUCAGAUAAAAUUUAAAAAUCCAUCAGUUUUGUAAUACAUGUAAACUUUUCCCCGAUCGAAAAGUUGCUGGACAAUGUAUAAACUAUUUGAUUGAAAAUAUUGUAAUCAUCG